AUGGAUCGAGAGAAGAGGGAGGGGGCGUGGGGCAGUGGGAGGUGUGGUAUUUGCUGCAUUGCACACAGACAUAUGAAUGUGUGCGUCAUUUGUGAUAUGUUUUUUUUUUUUUUUUUUUCUGUGUGUGUGUGUGUUGCUUUGAAUUUUUUUUGGGUCGUUCACAUCGCCGGCCCCCCGCCAUGCGUGUGUGUCUUUUGUCGUUGUUUUUGCGUGCUGUAUUUAUCAUCAUUCUUGCUAUUAUAUUUGUGUCGCUGUUUUUGGUCGUCCCUUUUGCCACUGUUGCUGUUGCUGUUGUUGUUGUGUUUGCUCCUUUUUUUAAAUUUGUUGUUGUUGGGUCCCUCAUUGACAGCUGUCUUUUUGGUCUUUUUUGCCUUUUUUUUUUCUCUCUUUUGUCAUGACUAUUGCUGCCGCUGGCCACGGUCGUGCGCAGCGUCUUUAGUAGUCGCACGGAUGCUGGACUUCAUUAUCUCCUGCGGCAUCAAUGGGGCGGAGAGCGGCUGCAGCGAUUUUCCAACGAUAGGGUUUUUGCUGCGCCUCAUGAAGGAGGAGGAGGAGCGGGAAAACACCGCCGUGGAUAGUCGUGGCGCCAUCCGUGAGCAAAGGGCGGCUCUGUCAGAAAGCAACGAGCCCGCGCCGCCGAUCCCCACACUCUUGAAGGAAAAGGCGGUUGUGCCAGCGGAGCCGCUUUUCACCGCAGCGACUGAGCUGCAGCUGCCGCAGUCACCGGCUGCCACCAUGCUGGGUUUUAUAACGUCCAGCUGCGCUGACGGCAGCGAUGGAUUCCCCGUGCUGCAGUUUCUCAACCGCCUUCUUGGCGACGAGGCGGUGCCCUUCUCGCAGGAGGGGGACACGAGAGGGAUGUCUCGUGGGGUGCCAGCGGCGAAAAGCGUGAGGUUCGCGACGCCCCACCGUUCGCCACCUGAGCGACCCCGGCCUUUGGUCGGUGGUGCAGCCGCCACGGUGAUUUGUUGGCCCACGACGCAAGUUUCCAUGGAGUCACGCUCGAAGUUUACACCUCAAGCAACUGAAAGUGAACAGCCGCAGGACAGUGAUGGGGACCCCGCCGUUUGGGCGUCCUCCCUGGAGAGUAUGAUGGGGCCGCGACACCUUUUCGUAAAGAGCGAUUUGAAGGAUGACAUUGGCCCACCAAUUUUGGAGCGCACCGCCACUUUUUCCCCGAACGGGAAUAUUUCCAGUAGAGAAGCACAGGACUUAAAUAGCAGGACGAUGUGGUCCUCCGUCAUUCCAUGCGCAUCAUCGGAAUUGGCUCAACCGGACCCAUGUGACACCGCCGCAACGAUAAAAAAGAGUUUUACUCCUCCACCGCGUCCUACUCGAUCGGCGUCAUCUAACGAUGUUGUGGGAUCAGGUGACAGAGCAUCGUAUGCCCGGCGUUAUUUGCAACGGCUGUACUUCCGUGAUCCUGUCGUCGUUCGACCCGCCAACGGUCCGCCGCAACCUGCCCCCGGCGUGCGAAGGAAAGAAACGAAGUCCGUCUUUGAGCGGUGUUUUUAUGAUUUUACAAAACACAUAUUUACUCCGCCGCACACGUCCGGCUUGGCGGCUGUAAGUCAUUUGAAAAAUGAACGACGACUGAACGCGUUGUCUAGCUUGGGCAUGACUGGUGCGCGACAAGGCAGCUCCCGCACGAGUAGUUGUAGUGCGCUGUCGCAACCCGUUGGUCUCCAAGCAUCACCCAGAGCCACCUCUUCCUCUCGUCCAAGGAGUCACACAAGACGCGCAUGGGACCCACGUCGGCCCGUCAAACAUCAAGCAGAAGGCCCAGAAGAACACAAGGCGCAUCAAGAUGAGGUGGCAGGGGGUUUGUUUGUCGAGGGCCGAGCGCUGGUGAUCUCCUCGCGACAACAUCCUCCUGCUCUCGUAAGGCAACUUCGUCGCCGAAAGGAACCCCCUUGCGGUCAGGUGAAUAAGAAGCAAUUGCAAUAG